AUGUGGAUACAGCUGUACCGCUUGAACAAGUGCAAAGACGCUCUUGAGGAUAUCGUUCCGAUCUGUCGCCGUCGCGGUGGCAAUUGGCACAUCCAGGGGGUGCAAGCAUUAGCGUUCACAGUUUGGAAGCAGAGCAAAUUCGAACAAGCCAUCGAGCUGUUUCACGAGAUCGAGGAACUGGUGGGCUCAAGCGCCGCGCUCUGCGAGAACAUCGGCCACUCGUACAGCUCGAUCGGGAACUACGACGAGGCGUCCAGGUAUUUUAGGAAGGCCCUCGUUUGCAACGACGAGGAGGAAAAGCGGGGCAAGAAGACCGGAGAUCGCGCAGGCGUCUUGCUCGGCCUGGGUCUCAUCGAGGAGCGCCUUGGCCACUUGGAAAAGGCUCUGAUCGCCACCAGGGAGGCCCAGCAGCUGUUCCGCCAGCGUGCCGACGGGAAGCCGUCCUCCCUGGUCGCGAAAGCCGGCAUGUCCAUCGCGAAGAUUCUCAUGAAGCUGUCUAAGCUCGAGGGCAGCGAGGCCAAGCGCAAGGAGAUGGACGAGGAGGCCGUGGAGAUCGAGCGUGAGAACGUGGUCCUGUUCGAGGUCACCUGCGGCGUCGAGAGCCCCCUCACGGCCUCGGCGCUUCGGGGCCUGGGGGAGGCGCUGCUGCGCACAGGGGGGCUCAAGGAGGCGCAGGAGACGAUUGCGCGAUCCUACCUGCUCGAGGCGCAGAAGGACGCGUUCGACCUCCUGGCGGUCAUGGAGGUGCACAACUUGCUCUUCAGUGCUCACAUGGCGGCCAUGCAGGCCACCGGCGAGAUCGACCGCCCAGCCUUCCGCGGCUACGCGAAUUUGAUAGACACUGCUGAGCGCAGGGUGCGCGCCAUGCAGCAGGACUCCAACGCGGGCGCGUACUACAAGGUGGCGGGCGAGAUGAAGGCAUUCGCGGAGGACUACGAGGGUGCCGCGAGGCUUCUGAGUGACGCCGUGGCGCUUUUCGAGACCGAGGAGCCGGACAAGGUGGCGGGCCUGAUCCAGAGCUCGCUGGACCUGAAGGAGUUCUGCCUCAAGCAGGCGGCGGUCGGGAGCGCGACCGCGGCCUCGGGGAGCGCGGCCGCGGGGGCGGGCGCGCGGACGAGCCACGGGAGGGCGAGCGCGAGCGAGUGA